AUGUCGACCGGGACCUUGUUCGUGCACGACUCGCGCACCGGCCUCAAGUAUGACAUUCCGAUUCGCCGCAAUGCGGACAAUCUCGAGGAAGCCGACCGGGUAAUUCUACGCACUGUGGCAGAAUAUGCUGUGAUAUUUGCUGUGGUCCGAUGCCACCGACUCAGCAUUGGUUGGCAGCCUCCAGCUCUCGGGAGAAGCUACUACGAGAACCUCUUUAUCAUGUCCGGCCUUGUGGAUGCGAUCACUGGUCUCCCCGAUCCAAUGCGACUGUCAUGUUUUCGCCGAUUUUCCAUGUUGAACGCCGAUCACGGCAUGGCCCUAGCGGUCUUUUCGGCGCUGGUGACAGCCUCCUCCUUGACUGACCCGAUCUCCUGUCUGAUAACAUCAGUGACCGCCGCCCACGGAUCUCUUCAUUUUGGGGCCACCGAGUUUGCCCAGCGCGCGCUCCAAGAAAUUGGAAGCCCAAGCAAUAUUCCUGCGUUUCUAGAUGAAGUCAAGGCUGGUAAACGAAAGCUUUUUGGAUAUGGCCAUCGGUCAUACAAAGGCAUCGACCCCCGUGUCCGUCCAAUUCGGGUAAUUCUGCAGGAUCUCCCCAAGCCCAGUUCAUUACUCAAACUUGCCGAAGAUAUCGAAGAAGCUGCCUCGUCAGACAAGUACUUUACUUCGCGCCGCUUGUAUCCCAAUGCGGACUUUUAUGGGAACUUCGUCUUCACCGGCGUUCCCCUACUGGCCUCGACUGCUCCAUACUCCGUCUUCUCCAAGACCCAGAAGCGACUCAUUGUCUUGACUGCUGCUCUCAUGUCUUCCUUCUCUCCGCUGUCAGCAAACAUAUACUACCCGGCUCUUAAUUCUAUCGCCAAGGACCUGCAGGUGAGCCCCCUUGUUCAUGCCAAAAAGAUAGGUCAAGCCAUUGCACCCACGCUCACUGGUCGUCUCGCCGAUCAAUCCGGACGGCGAUCAGCGUACAUCUAUUGUUUUGUUAUCUACAUUGCCGGCAAUGUGGCCCUUGCAAUUCAGCAUUCUUUCCCAGCCUUGCUGAUACUUCGUGCCGUCCAAAGCUGUGGCAGUAGUGGCACUGUCGCGUUGGCUUCCGCCGUCGUGGCUGAUGUCAUCCCUCCUCCGCCGAGCGAGGCGCAUACAUGGGAAUGGCCUCACUUGGAAAUAUCCUCGCGCCGUCCUUAG